CUUCUUUCCGCCUACACCACCUCUCCUUAGGUAAUGUCUAAAAUUCCUGUGAGCUGCAGGAUUUUGUUUAAAAACUCAAUUAUUUUUUCUUAAUUUAAAGGCUUCUUUGCCGUAUAAGCUUUCGUUAAAAAGAAAAGGAAUUCUUUCUGACGGACGGGGUCAUUCGUUUCGUUGGAGAAUAAUACAAAUUUGUAUAAUUUAGUGAUUUUUAAUUAAUUCUAGCGCUUAUUAAGACAAUUCAAGAUUCCAGGCUCAAAAAAUAAAUGGAAAAUAGAAUCGAAAGUUUUUCAUUCCUAUACAUAUGAUCGCACGUAUAAUAAUAGCUACUUUUAAGAUUUAUUGGAUGUGAUCAUUAAUAUAUUUAUAUUUGAAUUCUUUAGAAGUUCCUUACUUCUGCUAUGCGCCAUCAAACAUUAUAUUGCUUACUAUUAGUUGAUCUUGCAGGCCUAACAGUCAUUUGUCGCUGCCCGUUGCAACAAUUUUGCCAUUUUUGAAUGUAAAUAGCUUUCUAAGAAGGAUUGAGUUUCUUAUUAUACCGCUGAAUGGUUUACGGAUCAAUACAAAGUUUGUUUUUUGGUCAAUUUCUUUUAGAUUCGUUGCCUUAGUGUUCUUUCCACUUUGUAAUAUGGAUGUCAUCUUUUCUCUUGGACACUUCUGUGAAUUGGAAGGCCCGUCAAUAAUUUUCUGUACUCAGAAAUUGCGCCGUUCUGAGUUGGGUGAUCAUUUUGAUACACCCAUUGCUACUAAAUCUUCAGCACCAUCGGAAGAUAAUGCUGAAUCUGAAGUUUCGGAAGAUCCUAUGUUAAGUUCUACAGAGUCUUUGUUCAAAAGUGACCCUGAAGACAGUAAUCAGAGGCAGUCAAAAGCAACUGAAUCUCCUCGCAUUCAUUCAGCCGGCUCAGUUUUCUCAGCUCGCCAAAGUCCUUUAUCCCGAAAAUCCGCUUGUGUUACUUGCAGCACAGUUCUUCCAUGUGAAUUUAUACAACCAGAUGUUCCUCCACGACUUUUUUCCCUUUCUACCAAAAACCCUGACAUUGUAUACAUAUCCAGCCAAUACCCGCGAAAUCAGAACAAAUACUCCAUUUUGAGGAGGCUGAUGGUCCGAUGCCUUAGUUGUGAGUAUUCAGUGUCGUCGAGUAUUUCAGAAUCCAUGUCAAACCCGCUAUUCUUUGGAGACGACGAGAAUGGAUACGUGAUUGCUCAGUCCUUUUCCUUGCAUGAUCAGCAUGCUCGUGGAGGUUUGCGACGGUAUGCAUUCGUUGCACUGAGCAAGAAUGAAUUCGAGUUAAUAAACAGAUAUAGCUUCAUUGUUGAAAAAUUUUCUCAGAUGGUUCAGUUCCUUCGACUGUCGUCUACGAAAACUACCACAAACUAUCCCAUGUCGCACAAUAAAUCCUCCUCAGCCGGUGGGACAUUCGCUUCUCCAACUUCUAAUGCCUCUUCCUUAUCUAAUUCCUCGAAUUUACCUAGUCAGACACCUUAUGGUAUGUCACCAAACAGUGGCACAACGGCAUCUACAUUUUUGUUGUCUCAAAGAUUGCCAUCUUUUAGUUUUUUACGGAGGCGUGAUGGAGUAGGAGAAGGACGAAAUUUGGCUGAUAUCACAUGCUGGGAUGGAGUCUUCAUCGGUCUCCACAGUUCGUUUAGUUGGAUACUGGACGUUUGGGAUCGAAUUGACUUAACAAGCUAAAUAUAAUUAAUUUAUUUAUUUAUGGAUAUAUUGUGAAAACUGUAUGAGAGCUAUUUGGUGUAGUAACGC